AUGGGUGACAAGAGGAAGAAGACGUUCAUGUUCAUUCGUCUAGUUUCAGCAGCUGGAACUGGAUUCUUCUAUGUCAAGAGGAAGAGUGCCAAGGGACUUCUUGAGAAGCUUGAGUUUCGCAAGUACGAUCCUCGAGUUAAUCGUCAUGUCCUCUUCACCGAGCAGAAAAUGAAGUGA